AUGGUAGCUGGUAGACACACCAAAGGGCCAUCAUUGGGACGUUUGUGUUUUCCUGCAGAAAGUGGUCGAUCAACUAAGUUUGCGCCUUCUAAAUCAUGCACUGUGCAUGUGGAAUCAUUUAAGUUGGGGUUGGAAAAAAUAAGUCGCGGCAAGCAUGCCGGUGGUGAUGCAGCUUGGGAAGAGGAAAAACUACGUUCUUAUAAAACCAGUGAAGUGCGUUUAGUCGAGGUUCAAGAGCAGUUGUGUAGUGAUGUUAAACGUGGACAAGAUCAGUGUCAUACCAUGGCCAACGAUCACGAGCCCCUAUUAGAAGAUUGGUUCUUGCACAAACAAAGCGAUUCACCUGACCUACAUGUUUGGUUAUGCAUUGACAAGCUGCUACUGUGUUGCCCUGGUGGUUACUUUGGACGAUUUUACGUAUUUUUCUUUAUCAUAGGAAAAUGUAAGGGUUCUGGCACUCGUAAAGGUAAUGGCAAAUGCGCCUGUGAUGCUGGAUUUAAAGGUGAGAAUUGUAAUAAGUGUGCUGAUAAUCACUUUGAAGCCUACAAUGACCCAGCAAAAAACACGAUUUGUUCCCCAUGUCACAAAUCUUGCUAUGAAAAGGGAUGCACCGGCGCGGACCUAAAGGUUGUCGUAACUGCAAAGAUGGCUGGAUUAUGGGAUAUGAACCAGUAGGAUGCCAGGGUAUAGCAUUU